UCUCCGACCGUCCACCGCCGCGGUCUAUCCGGGAGACGGUGCUAGACAGAAUGGCGGUGUACCACCACCACCAGUGGAUGCGCCGCAGGUUCCGCAAGAGCCUCUCCUAUGCCGGGGAGCUCGCGGGCCCAGCAGGCGCCUCCUCCUCCUCCCCCUCCGCCUCACUCGCGUCGCUCGCCGGGCCCGAGGAUGAUGACAAGCCCUUCUGGGACGAGGAGGAGGGCAUCGUCGAGCUCGUGCAGUUCGGUGCCAACCGCGUCAAGACCGUCCUCAUCCUCAUGAGCGACACCAACGGGGGCACCGCGCCUCCGCCGAGGCCAUCAAGGAUGCCUUUCGCAUUGAUUUCGGCGACGACUACCGGGUCUUCGUCAAGGAUCCCUGCAAGGACACCACCGUCUGGCCGCUCAACAACAUGGAGAGCUCCUACAAGUUCAUGGUGAAGCACGUGCAGCUCUGGAAGGUGGCAUUCGACGGCACAUCGCCCAGAUUUUCCCACAACUUCUACCACGCCGCCCUCGCCUCCUUGUAUGCCAAGUACGUAC